GGAGCCCUCCAUGGGUGAUUUUUACACACUUCCUGCUCAGGGCUUUGCAGCCACAGCGGGCCUUGACUGGGGAGACUGGAAGGAUCAGAGGUCCAGGCAGGGCCCACGGCAGGACAAUGGCCAGUGGCGGCAGUGACCUCAGCACCAGGAUGUCUGAAGAAGAAAAGCGUAUCUGUGACAUUGCACUCUGCCACUUCAAAAGACAGAAGGUCGCAAUUUCACAUAUAAUAAAAGUAACAUUUCCUUUCCUUGAACUUCUCCGUGACUAUGGAUUCAUCAACAAUGAAAUGUAUGAAAAGUCUAAAGAAUCUUUUAAAACACCGGGUUCUGAAACAGAAGUCAUAUACCAUGUUCUCGAUGAAGUGGAGAAGACAUUUAACCUGUCCCUUCUGGAAGCAUUGUUUAGCAAAGACAUCAUGAACUCCUACCGUGGUUUAAAUGAUAUUUAUAAAAUCUUCAAAAAAGUGAUACCAAACAUAGAACUGUUCCUAAGAAGUGAUGGAGAAGAAAAUGAAGAGAGGCCUGAUAUCCGACAGAGCCUUGAACAAGGUACUGCCCCACCUGUAAAUGGCCUCUCAGAGCAACACCAUGAAACACAAGAGAUAAAUGUGAAUGAAACAGGUACCACCAGUGACAACAAUGAUGCACUAGAAAACAGACAAAGAAAUGAACAAUGUGCCCAUGAAUCCGAGCAGGAAGUGAUCGACAGUGAGGACUCCAAAGAAUCCAGUGAUGGAGAUGUGCCCCCCAAGGCUUCCAGCUCAGCAUUAAAAAGGAAAACUGGUACUAUGGAUUUUGGAAACAACUCCAUUUCAGAAAGAGCCAAGAGGAGAAGAAGGACAAAAAUGCGCACAGAUGAGACUGUGGAUUUUGAGGCUGAAAUACUUCCUGUGACCUGUGGGGAGAUGGUGGGCAUGUUAAUUAAGAGAAAAUUGAAACGAGGAGCCACGGUGAAGUGUAUAAGGAGAGAGGAUGGAAAUUGGUUCACACCCAGGGAAUUUGAAGUUGCAGGAGGCUAUGAAAAAUCAAGUAACUGGAAGAACAGUGUGUGCUGCGGUGGGACAGCCCUAAAAAACCUGAAAGAGUAUCUACCUGAACUUCCAGGAAAAGGUGGCAUGAAGAAAAAGCUGAAAAAAGAGGAGAAAUGCAAGAUCUGUGGGGAUGAAGGAAAGCUCUUCAGCUGCAGUCGUUGUUUCAGCUUCUUUCACAAAGACUGUCACAUCCCACCUGUGGAAUCUAAGAGGACCCAUUGGAUAUGUACCUUCUGCAUAAUAAAAAUGUCUUCAAGAAGUCAGCAGUGUUACAGUGAAUCUGAAGUCCUGGAGAGACAGAUGGUGCCAGAAGAGAAGUUAAAAUGUGAACUCCUCCUCCUAAAGGUCUAUUGCCAUUUAGAGAGCAACAUUUUUCCGAAAAUUCCACAUGAAAAUUAUUUUCAAAAGGCUUCUCAAUGCCUAAAGACACUUAAGGACUUGGAUGAAAUCAAGGAUAGUCUAAAUAAAGAAUGUUAUUCCAAAGUGGAGGAGUUUGUGCUUAAAGUGAACAAGAUCUUUCAGGAUCCUAAGCACAAUGACUCAGACCUAACAGAAGAGGAAUUUAAGAAGAAUUUCAAAGAUGUCUUUGCUAUUCAGUAAACAAAUCAGAACAGUUCACUAGUGUAGUGGAUGCUGUUGGUACCCUGGAAAAUCUCGCUUUCAGGCAGAUUUCUUAUCCCUGUUGUUAUGUGUAUUGGUUGUUUAUGCCAUCUCUCCCCAGUGUAUUUCUUUGGGCCAAAUGGAGGCAUAUUCACCUGAAGGUUAAAUCUCUUUGUCCUGCGGUCUGGUUCCCAGCACCAAAGAUGAACCAACCAUGUGGAGUGACUCAUGUUCUUGUGCUCCUCAGGGAAUCAGCCUAUAGCUAGUCUCUAGCUAUGACCACAUCCUUGCUUAGCAUUUCCCAGCACAGUGUCCUGCCUCCCUUAUCCCUUCUCUUCCAGAGAAAAUUCUCACAAUAAAUCACUGACAAAAG